AGAAGGUGUGUUUCCGGAAGACGUGGCUGUUGCUGCAGUGGCAGCUGUCAUCCAAAUUGUUGUUAGAGGAGUGCUUGAAUGCUAUUGUAAUAAUUACCCUAUUUCUUUUGUAUCCUCCCCCGUUUAUUCACCGCCAAGAUGAUUUCGCUUACGGACUCCCAAAAGAUUGGAAUGGGAUUAACAGGCUUCGGCGUGUUUUUCCUCUUCUUCGGGAUGAUCCUUUUCUUUGACAAAGCGCUCCUGGCUAUAGGAAAUAUCCUGUUUGUUGCUGGACUUGCUUUUGUCAUCGGGUUGGAGAGGACAUUCCGGUUCUUCUUCCAGAAGCACAAGAUGAAGGCCACCAGUUUCUUCCUGGGAGGUGUGUUUGUGGUGCUGAUUGGCUGGCCCAUCAUCGGAGUGGUGCUGGAGAUCUACGGCUUUUUCCUCUUGUUUAGGGGUUUCUUCCCAGUUGUAGUGGGCUUCAUCAGGAGAAUACCAGUCCUGGGCUCCAUCCUAAACCUGCCCUUCAUCAGUGCAUACGUGGACAAAGUGGGCGAGAGCAACACCAUGGUAUAACAGAGACUGUUUGUGCCCAGAGAAGGCUGUCUGAGCACAGCAGGUCUUUUUUAUAAAGCAACACAAUCUCCCAAUCGGGCUGAUUUAAAGCCGUUCUGGUUCUCCGUUCAGAUUCCUCCCCUCCUCCUCCAGCAGGCGAAAGACUGUUUUCUGUCUAUCUGCAGUUUCACUGGUCAGUGCUACCAAUCAAAGGUUCAUCGGAGCGUCGCACCACCGGUCUCUUACUAAAGGGUGGAGUCACUAAGGUCACUACAAUAAAUAUUUCAAAUGCUAUUGAUCCCUUUUCGCCAUUGAGUGCAUCUGGCAUGAAAAUGGAGGAUGGAAGACUCCCUCAGAGCGCCACCGACUCUGACUAUGUGACUUUCUUACUCUGUGGAACAGACAGACAAAAAACCCACUGACCCUCCACAAGGAUGAGAAGUGGACCGCCAUGUUGCCACGUUUCUGUGCCUGUGCUUUAACUUUAUUUGGACAAAAACUUAAAGUCCAGCAUUAUGUCUCUUUGCAGUUAUUCUGUGACUCUUUGUUCAUGUUUUUGUGUGGCUAUUGUAAUAUUUCCCCUUGAUUACAUGUUAUUUCUGUUCACGGUCGGCUAAUGAAUACUUCAGUAUAAAUUAUUUUUCAAAUGAUCUGUGCUUUACUUCAUGUGUCGUGAGGUGUUGUGGGGUCAUACUAGUAUUUGUUGCUGUUGUUAUUGCUUCUAUUAAAGGGAGAGUUCAGACCAAAAUAAAAAAAAUAAAUAUUUUUA